AUGUGUAUUAAGGGAUGGCUCAAGGACGCAGGAAUUGACAUGGUUGAAGAAGAAUUGAACGAUGUGACUGAAUGCCGAAGAGGGGUGAAGGAUCUGAGGCAGGUAAUCUACAAAUACUUUGAUGGAUGUUAUGAUCCUAGCAGAAGAUACAUUAUAUGCAUACAAGGAGCAACGUCAUCUGGAAAAAGCACGUUUGCAAAGAGUAUACAUCGGAUGCUGGGUGAGAAUGGAAUAAACUCACAUAUACUUGCACUUGAUGCGUUUUAUUUUGACUCCAUAAGUUUUAAUGAGGAAUACGACUUUGACAAUCCUGCUUCGCUGAACUGGGAAAGUGUAUUUGAGGUGUUGGAAGCAAUUCGUGAUGAGAAGCCAUAUAUUGAGCAUAGUGUGUAUUAUAAGGUGAAGUACAAUCCAACAGUAAAGUAUGAGAAAAGGCCGAAUCCAAAGCCAAGAGUGCUGAUUAUUGAGGGAAUUUUUGCAUUCAACACGAUCAACGAGAAGAUAUUCAAUAUUGCAGAGUUUGAUCCGUAUAACAGCAGUAAAGAUAUUAAAGAGGAGUUUGUUGAUAGGAAGAUGGAUAUGGGAGAUUUUAAGAUAUUGAAGGUGUUUAUGGGGCACUGCGCAUCUAAGAUUCUGUCUGUUAGGCUGAAAAGAGAUCUGGCAAUAGGAAGGAAAAAGGAGAAGGUUUUGAACAAAUUUUUUGCAAUGACGUUUCCAAGCACGCUGAGGUGGAUUUACUCAUCAAUAUACAGUGGGUUUAUUAAGAUAGUUCAUGGGAAUUUUAAUGCAAAGAAAUCGAAUGCGGUGCUUGAGGAGCUGGGGCAAUACUUUCUGAAGAAGAAGGUUGCGAUUCCUGAUGCAAAGGAGGUGAAUUUUUUUGGAGAGGGAGAAGUUGAAUGCACGGGAGAGUGUAUUACUUGUGGAGGAAUACCAGAGAUAUGUCUUUCGGAUAGUGAAGCUUGA